CAUAUCAUCACACCUGCACAGAGACGUAUCAUCACAGACCUGCAUCCAGGUCUCUUGGAGUUAGGAUUGAAGAGCGUGUGGGAAAGAGAAGACAUCGAAGACCCCAUCACUAAAGAUUCCCACAACUCUACCCUGUGCGCUGCAGGCUGGUCUUGACCCCAGAGCUCUGGCUGAGAGGAUGGGGGUGGACCGGGAAACGGUGGUCCUGAAGAACAUGCUCAUUGGUGUCAACCUGAUCCUUCUGGGCUCCCUGCUCAAGCCCUCUGAGUGUCAGCUGGAGGUCACCACAGAAAGAGUCCAGAGACAGGCGGUGGAGGAGCAAGGAAGGGUGGCCAAAUACAACGCAUCGGGCAAAGAGCAGCCGAUGGUCUUCAACCACGUGUACAACAUUAACGUGCCCCUGGAUAGCCUCUGCUCCUCGGGGCUGGAGGCUUCUGCCGAGCAGGAGGUGAGUGCCGAAGAUGAGGCGCUGGCAGAGUACACGGGUCAGACCGCAGACCACGAGAGCCAGGUCACCUUCACGCACAGGAUCAACCUCCCCAAAAAGGCCUGCCCGUGUGCCGGCUCGGCCCGGGUGCUGCAGGAGCUGCUGAGCCGGAUCGAGAUGCUGGAGAGGGAGGUGUCGCUGCUCCGGGACCAGUGCACCAGCAACUGCUGCCCAGAAAGUGCAGCCACAGGACAACUGGACUACAUCCCUCACUGCAGCGGCCACGGCAACUUCAGCCUCCAGUCCUGCGGCUGCAUCUGCAAUGAAGGCUGGUUCGGCCAGAACUGCUCGGAGCCCUACUGUCCGCUGGGCUGCUCCAGCCGGGGCGUGUGUGUGGAUGGCCAGUGCGUCUGUGACAGCGAGUACAGCGGGGGUGACUGCUCCGAGCUGCGGUGCCCGACAGACUGCAGCUCCCGGGGGCUCUGCGUGGAUGGAGAGUGUGUCUGUGAAGAGCCCUACACAGGCGAGGACUGCAGCGAGCUGAGGUGCCCCGGGGACUGUUCGGGGAAGGGGCGAUGCGCCAAUGGUACCUGCUCCUGCCAGGAGGGCUACGUGGGGGACGACUGCAGUCAGCGGCGGUGUCUGAACGCCUGCAGCGGGCGAGGACACUGCCAGGAGGGGCUCUGCUUCUGUGAAGACGGCUACCAGGGCCCUGACUGCUCAGCAGUUGCCCCUCCAGAGGACUUGCGAGUGGCUGGUAUCAGCGACAGGUCCAUUGAGCUGGCAUGGGACGGGCCGAUGGCAGUGACGGAAUAUGUGAUCUCUUACCAGCCGACGGCCCUGGGGGGCCUCCAGCUCCAGCAGCGGGUACCUGGAGAUUGGAGUGGUGUCACCAUCACGGAGCUGGAGCCAGGUCUCACCUACAACAUCAGCGUCUACGCUGUCAUUAGCAACAUCCUCAGCCUUCCCAUCACUGCCAAGGUGGCCACCCAUCUCUCCACUCCUCAAGGGCUACACUUCAAGACCAUCACAGAGACCACCGUGGAAGUGCAGUGGGAGCCCUUCUCAUUCUCCUUCGAUGGGUGGGAGAUCAGCUUCAUUCCAAAGAAUAAUGAAGGAGGGGUGAUUGCUCAGCUCCCCAGUGAUGUUACAUCCUUCAAUCAGACAGGACUAAAGCCUGGGGAGGAAUACAUUGUCAAUGUGGUGGCUCUGAAAGAGCAAGCCCGGAGCCCCCCUACCUCGGCCAGCGUCUCUACUGUCAUUGAUGGGCCCACGCAGAUCCUGGUUCGAGAUGUCUCGGACACUGUGGCCUUCGUGGAGUGGACCCCACCUCGAGCCAAAGUCGAUUUCAUUCUCCUGAAGUAUGGCUUGGUGGGCGGGGAAGGCGGGAAGACCACUUUCCGGCUACAGCCUCCCCUGAGCCAAUAUUCAGUGCAGGCCCUGCGGCCCGGCUCCCGCUACGAGGUGUGGGUCAGCGCCGUCCGCGGGACCAAUGAGAGCCAGUCCACGACCACCCAGUUCACAACAGCUUAUACAAGGACUCCCUUCACCAGUUGUAGCCAACCUGAGACUUUAAGUAACACGGGGAGACCUUCCACAGGAGAGCACAUUUCUGAAAGUCACCGACAAGGGCAGCCUCACUGCCUUCCCAAGGUCAGCAGCAAGGAGGAAGCUCUGCACUGA